UGCGAAUAACGAUGUGAGCAGGAUGGAAAUCACUGGGAAUAUUGUGAUUACUAAAGAAUUACCACCAGAGGCUUUUUGGGUAGUGGAUGAAUCAGCUACUGAUUUGGAUGUUUGUUUAUCUGGUUUUUCUGAUGGGGCUGAUGAGGUUGAUGAGGCCGGUGUGGUUGAUGUGGCAUUAGGUGCUUUAGUGGAAUUAUUAUUAUCUACGACUAAGCUGCGGCUACCUCCAAGUUCUAC